AUGUCGGAUCAAACAACCGAAAGCACAAACACAUCCGUCCCUGAACAGCAGACUGGCAGCAGCAGCAGCAGCAGCAGUACAUACACCCCGGCUAUCUCUACCAAUAGCAAUGAUAGCAACGACAGCGCUCACGUCCUAAUAUCCACCAGCCUCAGCGCCUCCACCACAGCCGCAGAGAAAGAAGAAGCGUGGCGGACGCUGUACCCGCCGUCGCCGCGGCUCCGAGACAACCUGAGUUCGCAAUUCGACCCGCCCUUCCCGGACCCGGACCCGGAGCCCGUGUCCUACACGCCGUACACUCCCUGCUCAGCUUCAACAGCUUCCAUACUCGCAACCAUGCAACGGGAACGGGAACGGGAGCAAGCGAACCAAGCGCGCCCUUACUACUACUCCUCCCCAACAUCGCCUUCCUCCUCCGCGGCCGCGAACGCGAACGCGGUGAUCCGGGCCCCGGACGGGACCACGUGGCCGAGCGUAGCGUGCCCGUGCCCGUGCCACUCGGCGACGGCGUCGCGGGACGCGCGGCCGCAGCUCGCCUUCGCGAACGCGGAUUACGUCGCGUGCCCGCUGUGCUGGGUCGACGCGUACAUGACGGCGCACGGCGACGCGGGCCGGCCGUUCGACUGCGAGAGGUUCCUGCGCGGCGCGGGGAAGGAUCCUAAGGUCCCUGCUUCGCUGCAGUGUUGA